CAGCAUUAGAAAAGGCAGGGAGAAGCUGAUGUCUAUAUUGUGUCCUCUAAUAACAUUCUUCUCUUUUUGGCAUCUUUCCCUUAGAAGGACCCGCCAGUUUGUGUGUGUGUGUGUGUGUGUGUGUGUGUGUGUAUGUGUGUCUACGCAAAGAGCAUGGUUUCACAUCUGGGAAAACCAAACCGAAGGACACUAACCUUCCCAAGGUCACUUAGAAAAUUAGUGCUGUGACCUGGUGUGUGGGUGGAACAGAACCCAGGUGUCCUGGCUCCAGCUUUGUGGUUGGACAUUAAAGCAUUUUCCUUUGUGGGGAGAAAAAAAAAUCACCGGUCCGGGAAUUUGGGGGAAGUGAGAGAUUAAUCAGAUUUCCUCUUUCCCUCUUUCCCUCCCUCCCCCACUUGCGAAGAUUAAAAACUCGGGAAAGCUAGAGGUGCCUUCUCGGCAGUUCUUAAGCAGGGUCUACCAAACCUUCUCCCACCCUGGACACAAAGCGAUCGCCGCUCCUAGAGAUUCUGUGCGUUCUCUUGAGAGCCUAGGAGGUGAGGAGUGGUGGAAAGUCAGCCCUCACCUCCAGCGGGUCCCGGGCUCGGCGGCGCCCAAGCCCCGCCCCCGGCCGCCCUUCCCCCGCGGCCUCGGCAGCCAGCCCCUCUCCCCUCUCGCUAUCGGGCGCACCCACCCCAGAUGCCGCCUGGCACCGAGCGCAGCCGCCGCUGCCGCCGUACUUUCCACUUGUAUUGAUCACUCCUAGCUGGGCUCAGCCUGCUCCCGGAGCGCUGCGCGGCCAGAGCGCCAGCCCUUGGCAGCUCGGGUACAGUCGGGCUCCCAGAGGAAACUCCUUGGGAGCGCCCUGUCCGGGGUGUCCUCUGCGCUCUGCAGUGUCUUUCUGUCUGCCUGGAAGGAGGAGGAGGAGGAGAAGGAGGAGGAGGAAGAGCAGAAGGAGGAGGAGGAGGUGGAGGAGGAGGACGUCGUCUGGUCCCGGUUGGGAGGUGGAGCAGUGGCAGCAGCAGCCGCCGAGGCAGCCGCCGCCGCCGCCUCCGGAAAGGGAGAGGCAGGAGAGAUCGGGACUUGGAAAACCCAAAGUGUCGGCGACCCUGCAAGGCAGGCUUCCUUCCAGCUUCAUGGGCAAAGUGUGGAAACAACAGAUGUACCCUCAGUACGCCACCUAUUACUACCCCCAGUAUCUGCAAGCCAAGCAGUCUCUGGUCCCAGCACACCCCAUGGCCCCACCCAGUCCCAGCACCACCAGCAGUAAUAACAACAGUAGCAGCAGUAGCAACUCAGGAUGGGAUCAGCUGAGCAAGACAAACCUCUACAUCCGAGGCCUGCCCCCCAAUACCACUGAUCAAGACCUGGUGAAGCUCUGCCAACCAUAUGGGAAGAUCGUGUCCACAAAGGCGAUUUUGGAUAAGGCCACCAACAAGUGCAAAGGUUAUGGUUUUGUUGACUUUGACAGUCCUGCAGCAGCCCAGAAAGCUGUCUCCGCCCUGAAGGCGAAUGGAGUCCAGGCUCAGAUGGCAAAGCAACAGGAACAAGAUCCUACCAACCUGUACAUUUCUAACCUGCCGCUGUCCAUGGAUGAGCAGGAACUUGAAAAUAUGCUCAAACCCUUUGGACAAGUUAUUUCUACAAGGGUCCUACGUGAUUCCAGUGGUGCCAGCCGUGGUGUUGGCUUUGCCAGGAUGGAAUCAACGGAAAAAUGCGAAGCUGUAAUUGGUCAUUUUAAUGGAAAAUUCAUCAAGACCCCACCAGGAGUUUCUGCUCCUACAGAACCUUUACUGUGCAAGUUUGCGGAUGGAGGACAGAAAAAGAGACAGAACCCAAACAAGUACAUCCCUAACGGGCGGCCAUGGCCCAGAGAUGGAGAGGCUGGAAUGACACUCACUUAUGACCCGACUACAGCUGCUCUACACAACGGAUUUUAUCCUUCACCAUACAGUAUUGCCACAAACCGAAUGAUCACUCAAACUUCUCUUACACCCUAUAUUGCAUCUCCUGUAUCUGCCUACCAGGUGGCAAAGGAAACCAGAGAGAACAAGUAUCGGGGCUCUGCUAUCAAGGUGCAGAGCCCCUCUUGGAUGCAGCCUCAGCCGUACAUUCUGCAGCAUCCUGGUGCCGUGUUAACUCCCUCAAUGGAACAUACCAUGUCACUACAACCUGCUUCCAUGAUCAGCCCUCUGGCUCAGCAGAUGAGUCAUCUGUCACUGGGCAGCACCGGAACAUACAUGCCUGCAACAUCAGCCAUGCAAGGAGCCUACUUGCCACAGUAUACACACAUGCAGACCGCGGCGGUGCCCGUUGAGGAAGCAAGUGGCCAGCAGCAGGUGGCUGUGGAGACGUCUAAUGACCAUUCUCCAUAUACCUUUCCACCCAAUAAGUAACUGUGAGAUGUACCGAAGGGAGUUCUUACCUGAAGAAGGGUGUGAAGGCUGAACAAUCAUGGAUUUUUCUGAUCAAUUGUGCUUUAGGAAAUUAUUGACAGUUUUGCACAGGUUCUUGAAAACGUUAUUUAUAAUGAAAUCAACUAAAACUAUUUUUGCUAUAAGUUCUAUAAGGUGCAUAAAACCCUUAAAUUCAUCUAGUAGCUGUUCCCCUGAACAGGUUUAUUUUAGUAAAAAACAAAAACAAAACGAAAAAAAAAAAAAAAAACGGAAAAAAAAUCAAAGAUUUUUAUCAAAUAUAAUGAUGCAAAAAAAGAAAAAGAAAAAAAAAGAGAAAAAGAAAACUUCAAUUUUCUGGGUAUGCACAAAGACCACGAAGACUUAUCCAAGUGCAUGACCGGAUUUUUGUGGUUUUGUUCAUUUUGUGUUUAAUUUGUCUUUUUUUUUUCAGCUGUAUGAAAUGGGCUUUCUGAAGUUUCAAUUGUCCGACUUCACCCAUGGUGUCCCGUGCUUGCGAGUGUCGCAGUAACUCAGUGUUGGCCUCACUGUCUUUGCUUAGCUCUCCGUUUUUUUCUUUCGACGUAGUGUGAAGUGUCUUAUCCUUUUCUAUGAAUUCCAAUUUGCCUUAACUCUUUUGAUGCUGUAGCUGUUUCAGUAAAGUUAGUUCAACCUAAUGAUGUAGAAUGCUUUGACCAAAUGGGCUGGUCUAGUGCACCUUGUAAGCAGCAGCCUAGGGCUUUUAAAAGGUAGUCAAUAAAAGUUGCUGAAAUUUUGGCUUUUUUAAAUAUGUAGUAGGUGUUUUUAAUGAUUUUUCACAUAGCGUGUAAGGUAGUGAAGUGCAAGGAGGGAAAACUGUUUUGUGUGAAACACAUUUUCUGACUGGGGGGACUUUUAAUAGGGUAAAUUGUUUAUAAGGCUGUACACUAACAGUUUCCCCUAAUAGUGUGACUGAUUUAGGAUAUCUGCUGUAUGAUGCAAUGUAAAGUCUUUUUUGCCUUUUUUUCAGGAAGAAAAAAAAAUAAAACUUAACGAUGUUCUAGGUUUAGUGUAGGUAGCUGCGGGGAUGGGGCGGGGGCGGGGGGCGGGGGAGGGGAGUCACCGAAUGUUUUGUCCUUUAUACUAACAUAGUGCUUUAGAAAGAGAACCACGCUUGAGAUCUGAGAAACCGAUGGCGGGGGGGAAAAUGGGGUUGCUGUUGAAACUAGAUGGUGAAAGCUAAAAGUAAGGAUUUCUCUUCAAACCUAAGCUGAGAUAUGACCAGAAGGAAAACGAUUGGCUACGAGCUCUCUCUCUCUCUCUCCUUCUCCCCACCCCCCUCUCUCUCUUCCCCCCACCCCUCUCUCACUCUCAUUCUCUAUUAGGUAAAUUUGAAAAACUAAACAAACAAACAAACAAAUGACUUGGCACUUUUAAAGGUAACUUCACCAAAGACCGACGAGCCAGUAGCCAGCAGCUCCACCUAUCUCAGCGUCACAUCCUGUCUGUCCUUUCUUUUUUGCCGGACCAGUUUGCGGUUAGGAGAAUGUGCCUUUUUUGUACCUUCGCAUUAGGUUUUAUAAUUUUAACUGAUGUAUGGACUCACAGAGACAAAAUUUAAAAAAUUUAAAAAUUAAAAAAAAAAAAAAAAAAAAGCAAGCAUGAAGGAAGAUUUGAAUCCAGGCAGUGCCGCCCUCUGACGUCAUCACUACAGGUGUUUGCGUGGAAAGAAAACCAACUUUGAAACUAUGAAAUUCCUGAUUCAUAAAUACAGUUAUUUCUACUUUAGUACAUACAAGAUAACUCACUGUUAUUAACACUCUUUUUUAUUAAGGCAGUUGCAUACGUUUUCAAAAGCAAUGGUGAAUUAAGUUGUCUUCCAAAACUGUGUACUUGUCUGGUCAGCUGUACGUGAUCAGUUAUCUACCUCAGAGGCUAUUUUUCUUUUGUGCUGGGACAGGUUGCUGGCCCUCCCUGUUUCCACCGACCAAAUCCUCCUAGCUCAGGAGCUAGGGCUAAGCAGUUACUUCUUUUGAGUAUUUUUUAGUUCUUAAAUUUUAUUGCUUGUAUUUGAUGAUAGAUGUCAGCGACAUUUCAUAGUUUCAAAAAUCCUUGCUGCUCUGAAAGUGUAGAUUCUAGUGAAAAUUACAUAGUCAUAAGAGAAAUGUGGGGUUUUUUGUUUUUGUUCUUGUUCUUGGUUUUGGUUUUGUUUCUGUUUUUGUUUUUUUUAAGUUGUGGUAUUAUUGGUUUUAUGCUCCCUAAAACUUGUGCUUUGUGAAGUCCAGACUGAAGGCAGCACACCCUCCGUGGAUCGAGUAUGUUGAUCAGCCCAAGACUCUCACUACUUGAUAUUUUUUUCCAUUAGUUAAGACAGAAAGUUGAUAGCUCAGUCAGUAGGGGAGGGGAGAUCUGCUGCUAGGUAUGUCUGAACUAAGUGCCAUACUCGUCUGGGUCAGAUUUGGGAAACAACCUCUGUACAUAUAAAAGAAAAAAAAUGUCAGUUAAACAUCACAUAGUAGACAGCCAUUAAAUUAUAAAAAAAAUUAAUUUAUGAAGAAAGACCUUUUGUACAGAUUGAAAAAAAAGAUUUUCAUAGAGAUAUCUAUAUGAUCAAGAGAGUUAAUUUUUUAUUUUUGUUCUACUAGUGCUACAUACUUGCCAGUGGUGACUUAUUUACCGGUUCAAGAUGACUCUGUAGUUUUCUUUCCUAGGACUUGUUAAACGCCAAAAGACAUUUUUGAACUGUACAUUUGAUCAGAUUGUUAGCUUUUUCUGUUUUAUUUCUUUUGAGAACCUUUGAAUAAAAACAUCUGAAACUUUC